GCGGCCAUCAACCUCAUCCUCCGAUCCGCGCAACAAGAGGAACUUGACCUCCUUAGAAUCCCUACGGGCGCAGCAGAAUGCGAAGGUGCUGGCCCAACAAUCGGAGCGUAUGAGGGAAGCCAUCACUGAGAUCUCUGAGUUGGAUGAGAUCGUUGAGGUGCAGAAUGAACAUUUGGAUGGACAUUCUAUCAUCUGCUUGGUGAGAUUUGUGUUGUCCAUCACUGGAGUUUUAGAUUUCAGAGCAGGACGGGGCUGGAAAUGCCUGGCGCAUUUGUGCCUUGCCAAGACACUGGGGCUGGCCAUUGUGUUGCUGGGCAUGUUGGGAAGCCGCAACGAGUACAGGUUUGUGAAUCUCACCACCAACUCUUACUCCAUGGGCGUCGUCGUGAGCAUCCUGCUGCUCCGCUGGGGCCGGAAGGAGGAGGACUCCUUAGCAGUGCUGCUUGGGCCUAAGGAGUAUCAACUUGACGAGUAUGCUUGCAAAAGAGGUUUCUUGGAGUCCUCCCGAUGGCUGGCAAGCUUAAGGGCUCUCGCAUUGAUGACGGUUUGGGCUCUGAUGGUGGCCUCCAGGAGUCUCUCCGGCUACUUCGGGCGCCCGGAGACCGGCCUCUUACCCGGCGACCUUGCGCAGGACUUGGUCUCGGUGGGCAGCUAUGCUGCAGCCUCACUGGGCGUGAUGGGAGUCUUCUAUGUGCAGCUUCAUGUCUCCUGCGGUCUAGAGCUGGCGGUGGAUAUGUUCAGCGCCCACUUUUUUGAUAGCAAAGAUAUCUACUCUGCGAUGGAGGAGUGGAACAUCCUGCAGGCAUUGAUCAGAUGUGCCUCUUGUGCCUUGGGUCAUGAGACUUUUGCUUGGCAUUGGGGUGCUGCCAGGUAUGGUCUCAGCCAGAGCUUCUGCGCGAACCAGUGUCCGCAAUGUUAUGGCUCGGAUGGGUCUAUCCACCAGUGCUCCUUCUGCUGUAUUCCUUAA